GCAGCCCUGUCGGGGGCCGGCUCAGGUGCAGGAGGGAGCUCCCGGUUGUUGGGACGAGGCUGCAUGGUCUCCCCCCCGAGCCUCGGCUAUGUUGCCUUUUGGAGACAAAACGAGAGAGAUGGUCAAUGCAUGGUUUGCUGAGAGAAUUCAUCCUAUCCCAGUCUGUAAGGAAGGAGUCAGAGGUCACACGGAGUCCUGCUCUUGUCCUACUCAACAGAGUCCCCGUUCCGAGACCACUGCCCCCAGCACCCCCACCAGGAAGAUCUCAGCCUCCGAGUUUGACAGGCCACUCCGGCCCAUAGUGGUCAAGGACGCUGAAGGCACUGUGAGCUUCCUCUGUGACUCAGAAAAGAAGGAACAGAUGCCUCUGCAGCCCCCCAGGUUUAGUCCUGACACAGGAGAUCAGUGCUCAAGGCUCUUGGAGCUUGUGAAAGAUAUUUCCAGUCAUUUAGACGUCGCAGCGCUUUGUCACAAAAUCUUCUUACACAUCCAUGGGCUGAUCUCUGCCGAUCGCUAUUCCCUUUUCCUGGUUUGUGAGGACAGCUCCAAUGACAAAUUCCUCAUCAGUCGCCUGUUUGACGUCGCGGAAGGCUCCACUCUGGAAGAAGCUUCCAAUAGCUGUAUUCGCUUAGAAUGGAACAAGGGAAUUGUGGGUCAUGUGGCGGCUCUGGGGCAGCCCUUGAACAUCAGAGAUGCCUAUGAGGAUCCAAGGUUCAAUGCGGAAGUGGACCAAAUCACAGGCUACAGGACCCAGAGCAUUCUCUGUAUGCCCAUCAAGAACCACAGGGAUGAGGUUGUUGGUGUGGCCCAGGCCAUCAACAAGAAAUCUGAAAAUGGCGGCACAUUCACGGAAAAAGAUGAAAAGGAUUUUGCUGCUUACCUGGCGUUCUGUGGGAUUGUUCUCCACAAUGCCCAAUUGUAUGAGACUUCACUCUUGGAGAACAAACGGAACCAGGUGCUGCUGGACCUUGCCAGCUUGAUCUUUGAAGAGCAGCAGUCCUUGGAAGUGAUUCUAAAGAAGAUCGCAGCUACCAUCAUUGCCUUCAUGCAGGUGCAGAAAUGCACAAUCUUUAUAGUGGAUGAAGAUUGCUCGGAUUCAUUUUCUAGAGUGUUUCACAUGGAGUUUGAGGACUUGGAAAAAUCAGCGGAUGCUGUAACAAGUAGGGAUGGAGACAUGAAUAAAAUCAAUUACAUGUAUGCUCGCUAUGUCAGAGACACCAUGGAACCUCUUAAUAUCCCCGACGUCUAUAAGGACAAGAGAUUUCCCUGGACAAGUGAAAACACAGACAGCUCUCACCAGCCCAUUAGAAGUUUGCUUUGCACACCUAUAAAAAAUGGAAAGAAGAACAAAGUGAUAGGGGUUUGCCAGCUUGUUAAUAAGAUGGAAGAGAAUUCCAGCAAAUUCAAACCUUUCAACAGAAAUGAUGAGCAGUUUCUGGAAGCUUUUGUCAUCUUUUGUGGAUUGGGAAUCCAGAACACCCAGAUGUAUGAAGCAGUGGAGAGAGCCAUGGCCAAGCAGAUGGUGACUCUAGAGGUUCUAUCAUAUCAUGCUUCCGCAGCAGAAGAGGAAACCAGAGAGCUUCAGUCAUUAACAGCCGCCACGAUACCAUCCGCCCAAACCCUCAAGAUAAUGGACUUCUCCUUCAGUGACUUCGAACUCUCCGAUCUGGACACGGCCCUCUGCACAAUUCGAAUGUUCACUGACCUCAACCUCGUGCAGAAUUUCCAGAUGAAACACGAGGUUCUUUGCAGGUGGAUUCUAAGCAUCAAAAAGAAUUAUCGGAAGAACGUAGCCUACCACAAUUGGCGACAUGCCUUUAACACGGCCCAGUGCAUGUUCGCUGCAUUGAAGUCGGGCAGAAUUCAGAACCAGCUGACCGACCUGGAGAUCCUGGCCCUGCUGAUCGCAGCUCUGAGUCAUGACCUGGAUCACAGAGGGGUGAACAAUUCUUAUAUACAGAGAAGUGAACAUCCCCUCGCUCAGCUUUACUGCCACUCCAUAAUGGAGCACCAUCAUUUCGACCAAUGCCUCAUGAUCCUUAACAGCCCAGGCAACCAGAUUCUCAGUGGCUUGUCGAUUGAUGAAUACAAGGCCACACUGAAAAUGAUCAAGCAGGCAAUUUUAGCCACUGACUUGGCACUGUACAUCAAGAGAAGAGGAGAGUUUUUUGAACUUAUAAGAAAGAAACAAUUCAACUUUGAAGAUCCCCAGCACAAAGAGUUAUUUUUAGCGAUGCUGAUGACAGCCUGUGAUCUCUCUGCAAUAACCAAGCCGUGGCCUGUUCAGCAGCGGAUAGCAGAAUUGGUAGCCGCGGAAUUUUUUGACCAAGGAGACAGAGAGCGAAAGGAGUUGAACAUUGAGCCCACAGACCUGAUGAACAGAGAGAAGAAAAAUAAAAUCCCAAGUAUGCAAGUUGGAUUCAUAGAUGCCAUAUGCUUACAACUCUAUGAGGCCCUGGUCCACGUCUCAGAGGCCUGCUUCCCACUGCUCGAUGGCUGUAGAAAGAACAGGCAGAAAUGGCAGGCCCUGGCGGAGCAGCAGGAGAAGAGCCUGCUCAACGGGGAGAGCAGUCAACCCAAACUGAACUGAGACCCUCUGGCAGACGAGCACGCAGAGUUUACGUUUACACAGAAGAUGUCCUAUUUUGUGAUACGGACCUUUCCUAGACACUGUAGGAGUUGGGUAUAUCUUUUGCCACUGCUGUAUUUUUUUUAACGUUUGGUUUUAUUUUUGCACAACGUUGAAGGGAAUAGUGUGACGUGUUUGGGGGGCCUGGUGUGUAUCGUCUGGAUGUGUCUUCAUACCACUGAAGGGAGGUGGCCCGCCCUGCCCACCAUGGCCACAGUUGGCGGAAGACCGGUCUUGAUGCUAAGGUCCGGCAGCGGAGGUCUGGAGGUCUGGGGAGGCUCCGGUUAACCUUUGGCCCCGGGCUGGUCCACGCGUCCCUGGUGGUCUGUGCUGUGGCUGAAUGCGCAGCUCUUCAAGAAUGCUUGGCCACUUCUCUCCCUUCCUAGGGGAGCCAGGAUCACCCAUCCAUUCCUUGGUGUUAGCAAACACAGAGGAGAGGAGGCUGUUGUUCAGGACUGAUUUUGGACAGGGUUGGAUUGCGGGGAUUUGGGAGACGCGUUUAUCAGCAAUCGCAACCACGUCUCAACUCAACAACUUUCAGGAUUCUAGACUAUUGGGAAGGCUGUGACGUGCCUUGUGAUCUAUAGUGAAGGGAAACACGGAAGACACUCAUUAUGGUCAGAUGGGAUCUCAGAAGCCAUUUGAUCCAGCCCUCGCAUUUUAAAGCUAUGGUCACGGGCCCCCACAGCUAAGUGACUUGUCCAAGGUCACACAAGUAAUAGACAUCAGGGGCAAGAUUCGAACCUACAUCCAUAGGGCCAUACUUCUAGAGGAUGAAGAGGACUCAGAAGCCCCCUACUCCAAUUCUCCUAUUUUACAGAUAAGGCAAGUGGGGCCCAGGGAAGCUAAGUGACUUUCCCAAGGUCACGCAGGUAGUAAGCGUCAGAAGAGGAAUUUGAACUUGAGUCCAUAGGUCCAGAGUUAGAAGGGUCCAUAGAGGGCACUGAGUACAGCCAACCCUUUCAUUUCAUAGAUAAAGGAAUCAAGGUGUGCAGCAGGUGACUCGCCCAGGGUCACGUAGCUAGUUGGCUUUUUAAUGAGAAAGGUUACAUUGCAGAUGUCUGAGGGAGAAGGAAUCUUUUGGUUAGGCAGUGGGGUUAAGUGACUUGCCCAGGGUCAUGCAGUUAGUAAGUGUUACGUGUCUGAGG